AUCUAUACUUGCCGAUAAACAACUGGGAAGGUGUAAUAGUCCAAACUGUCUUCUUAGACAGGUGAUUUUUGUCUCGAAACUUAUCGCUACAAGUUUUUCUUGAGACGCACAAGGUGAAGGUUAGGAUUCUUUCGGAUAGUUGCACCUGUGAUUCACUCUUUGAAAGAAUAUCUAAACUACUCAGUUUUUGGCCAUCAUGACAGAAGUGGAAAAUGACAGAGAGUCCAAACCUAGGGCUGAAGAAAAUCUAAUUUUUGAAGACAGUAACUACAUUGUUCAAACACUAUCAAAUCUGAAUAAACUGAGAAAAAAUAAGCAAUUCUGUGAUGUUGUUUUGCAGAUUGGAACAGCCCAAGACAUUCGAGAGAUACAUGCUCAUCGAGCUGUCCUGGCCAGUGCUAGUCCUUAUCUUUUUGAGCUUUUUGCUGCUGACCAUAAUGGUGGUCAUGUGUAUCAGUUUAAGAGCAAUGGUAGUUUUGACUUUGAUUCUUUUGAAGUGCUUGUGGAGUAUGCUUACACUGCUAGGUUGGUGGUAUCUGCUGACAAAGUCAAACAAGCUUAUGUAGCAGCCACUAAACUAAGGAUGACUUCCGCAGCUGGACAAUGCCGUAGCUUCUUAAUAAAACACCUUACAGCAGAAAACUGUAUAGAUGUCCGUUCCAUUCCUGGUUUGUCUCCAGUCACAGAUCCAGAGUUUAUUGCAGCUGUGGACAAUUACAUCAGACAAAACAUAGGUGACAUUAUACAGAAAAAAGUAUUUCUGAGCCUUCCUCACAUCCAGGUUGAGCAAUUGCAAAAUAGUUUUGAAGAAAUGCAAGCAACUAACCAGAGACAUCUCUGUGAAAUGGUGUUGGAUUGGAUAAAAAAGUGUUUUGAUGAACAUGAUAUAAAUGGUGUUACUGAGAAGGUGCACAUGCUAUACUUGAACCUAGAUGGAACUCUACAUGAUUGUAAUGACAUUAAAAAUGGUGACUCUCAAGAUUCUGACUUGAUCCAAGAUUACAAGAAGUUGUCUCGGCGCAUACCUGUUCCCUGCAAGACAAAUAAGAAAAGCUCUGAUCAGAGCACAUCCCAUAAACCACGGCAGUUUUUAUACACAAGGUCAAAUUCUACUUCUUCUCUGUCCUCACUGUCUGAUGAUGAAGAACAUGAUUGGAGAGUAGUCGCCACUACAGCUGCAGGAAAAAAUACAUUAUUAGCUUUGGUAGUGGUGUGUGGAAAGCUAAGAGUUCUAUCUGUAAAGCAAAGACUAAACACACCCUCUAGUAGCCCAGCAGUAUCUCGGCCUGAGUCUGUAGAGAAGGCAAACACCUAUACUUUGAUUCCCCCCAUGACAUCGGGACGCUGUGCUGUUGGAACAGCCGACCUUCAAGGCAAACUUUUAGUGUGUGGUAUUUUUAUUGGAAUGGAGCUGUAUUCCAUAUUCGGUACACUUUUUGCAGGUGUGUGCUACUUAGAUGGGAAAAUAUUUGUUAUUGGUGGCUGGAAUGGACAGAGAGGCUUGACUCAUUGUGAAGUCUAUGAUCCUAAAUCUCGUUCCUGGACAAAUAUAGCUGAUUUGUCUGUUGGACGCUACCAAGCUGGAGUUGGAGUUAUGAAUGGGGAAGUUUAUGCUGUUGGAGGUUGUGACUCGUGGAACUGUAUUGGCUCUGUGGAGAAAUAUGACCCUUAUACCAACACCUGGUCAACAGUUUCUUCAAUGCACAAAGCUCGCAGAGGGUGUGGAGUAGCUGUUUAUAAUGGUAAGCUGUAUGCAGUUGGAGGUCAUGAUGGUGUUCGUUCACUUUCAAGUGUAGAAAUGUAUGAUCCACAGACUAACUCGUGGUGUCCCGGGCCAAACUUGACCAGUUGUCGAGCUAAUGUCGGUGUUUGUGUUGUUGGAGAUUACUUGUAUGCCGUUGGAGGAUUCAAUGGAAAAACAUUUCUCAACACUAUUGAAUUCUUGGAUGCUCAAACAAAUGAGUUCACUACUUUUGUCCCAAGAGAAGUUGUUACUCCAGUAAAUGAACACAAUGGUUUGUCUGGUUCAAGGCAAGGGAUUUCUAUUGUCAAAGAAGAUGGAAAAUCUUAAUUUUUUUGUUGUGUGUGUGUGUGUGUAUUUGUGAACAAUGUUAAGGGUGAUACAGAGGGAUUUAUAUAAAAGUUUUGUGUGAAUAAUACUGAAAAUAUCCGUUCAUUGUUAAUGUUAGUGAAGAAAAUUUAAAAUUAACCUGUAGUAAGAUAGUACAAAAUUGGUCUUGUUUUUUUUUUGUUUUUGUAUUUUUAAAGACAUUAUUUCAAUGUUGUCAAAUGAAUUAGGAUCUCCUUUGCUAAGCUGCUCAAUACAUUAAACUAAAUAUUUUUCUGUUUAGUGUGGUUAUUGGAUAUUUCCUUGUAUAGAAAUUAUUUUCAUCAAAGUUGAUUGCCAUAUUUCAGUUAUUCAGUUUUGAAAAGAAGACAGAAAUGAGUGAGAAUAGGAGGGAAAGGAUGUGCCUAGUAUUGAUAAUAACUUAUGAAAGUAAGUUAAUUUGGUACACCAGUCUGGAUUCCAAAAUGGCAUUUGUGUAUUCAGUAAUUCCUUGAUAUUAUAGGAAGUUUAUUAAAUUUCAAUAUAAAAAAAAUGAACAGUUUAUAAAACUGGUUCUGUGUAACUGUAAAAAAAAAAAAAAAAUCAUUCCAUUGAUGAUUAUUGAGGAUUGGAAUUCCAAGGCAUGAAUUUCACACCAAAUUUGUAUGAAAGGUAUUACUUACAUAGUGUUUUUUAUGUUAGCACUGAUUGUUCUGUGUACAGCUAUUUAAAUAUCUUCAUUGCCACUUCUUUAGAAACUGGUAAGCAUUUUAGUUAUAAGUGAUCACUAUGUGACAUGGAUCUUUGUCUGUUUUUGUCAGUUUCAAGUACUGUUUUUAAAAAUGUUUUAACUAUCUAAAAUUAAUGUUAAAAAAAUUUGAAUACAUGAUGGCUGAAAUGCUGAUUGAGAUCUAUUCUUGAAAUUAGUCUUAUUUUAUAAACUAGCAUUAUGUGUAAGGUAAAGACUUAAACUACAAAUUCUCUCUUUAGUUUUCUACUUUUGAAUAUUUAAAUCCAAGAGUUAAAGUGUAUUGGUUAUUAAGAAAGAAUACAUAUAAAUAUUCCAUGUGAACUUGCUCUUAAACUCAUUCACUUGAAGAAUCUUUUAAACGACCAAAUGUGGUGAUAUUGAUCAACUUGCAAGCAUUUGUUUCUUUUUAUAAUCCAUUCAUAGUUAGUCUGUUUUGCACUUUCCUGGUUUAUCAUUCAUCCUGGUCUUGUCUUUCUUAAUAACCACUCCUAAUGCCAUUUCUCUUCUGUGCUUCUGAGUGAUAUCCUUCCUAUUAUAUGGCUCUCAUCUUAAAAGAUAAAAUCAUGACGUACUUUACUGUUUGUGCCUAUCUGAGAGCUAAGAUGUGCUUAAGGCUUCAUCUGUAAAAUACUUUAAGUCUGUCCUUCAUAAACAUUCAUCCCAGUUCCAAGUAUUGUUAUAGUGUUCAUGACCCUCAUUUCUAGAUCCUGCAUCAGGCUUCAUUAUUAAAAAUCUAUCAGGUCUUGUUCCUAGAUAUCUUCCAAUUCAGCUCCAAGUACCAUCCUUGUACUUGUGACCAUCUCACUUCUAGGAACCUACUUUAUAAUCCAUCCAUUUUUUUUAAAUGUUCAGUCACAGCUUUAUGACCUUUCAUAGCCUUAUUGAUUACUUUUUAUUAAUUAAGUUUUAAAAAAAUAAUUCAGGUUACUUUUCCAGUUAUCUUUUAUAUAAAAAAAAAUUAUGAAGAGUAAAUAUUGUCAAAUCUAAAUGCAUGUGGUGAGAAAUAUCUAUGAGGAAUGUGUACCUAUAUUAUAGAUCUACCAAUAAGGUUAACUCCAAUUUUUAAUAAUAUAUAUAUAUGUAAUUUUUGUUGUGUGACACUCCUUACUUAAAACUUAUUUUUUAGGUUUAUCUCUAAAUGGAAGUUUGUAUGAAAAAUUAUUCCAAAUGGACCAUUUCACAAGUUUAUUUUCUACCACAAAAUGUUGCUAGACAUAAAUUUACACAACCAUUGGUUAAAUUAUUAACUAAAUCUUCCAACAGAGCUAUCUAUUGUUGUUGGAACAAGUAAUCCAUGGGUUAGGGAAUGUAAAAAUUAGCAAAUAUUUCAGCUAAUUUCUAUGAAACUGGAAUCUCAAACAUACUUUCAAAGACUUAGAAACAGUUUACUGGUUUAAAUAAACAAAAGGUUUGAACUUUGUUGACUAUAAUUUACAAAUUUACCAUUAACCUAAGAAUGAAUUUGAUAUGUUUAAAUGUGAAGCAUGUUACAAGUUUACACCAUAAGUGGUCACUUGACAGGUAUGUUAUGUAAUGCUUAUUGCAUACAGUAACAUUGUUCAUUAACUUCUUGUCAUGUUUAGCCAAAUAGCUUUGGAACAUUGAUUUUGAAAGAAAGUGGCGAAAUUAAUAUUUUACCUCUUGUGUCUUGAAAUCAAAAUUUAAUUAUUUUUAAAUGAGUACUUUAUAAAUUUGGCUUCAUAAUUUUGAAAUGAUUAAAUACAGAGGGAUGAAUUAAUUAAUUUAUUCCAGAGUUUAAGCAGACUAUACUAUAACAUUGCUUUUAAUGGAUAUAAACAAGCAACUACUCAUCAAUAAAUGUUUUUUUGUUCUUUUACAGAACUCAUGACCAAUUUGCAUAAAGAUUAAAGAAGCACAUUUUAAAAUAUUUUAAAGAACAAAAGCUCAAAACAUGACUAUUCAUUUGUUUAGCUUCUUAGCAUUGUACCAGAAUUUGUAAUAUUUUGAAAAUUAGGGUUACAUAUACUUGUCUCAUUAUCUCAUGUAUCAUAAAUGUAUUAUAUGAUGGGUACUCUGAAUUUUAAUGACUGAAUGACUAAAAAAUAAGAUAAACAAAUAUUCAUUCCAAGUCACAAUUUUACUUGCAAUGUUAUAAAAGCCCGAUACUUUGAGAAAAUCUGAAGCACAACAAAAUGUGUUAGAUGAUAGGUGACAUCAGUUUUGUAAUGUAAGUUCUGAAUUAUUUUUAUUAAAUAUUUAUUUAAAAAAUCACAGCCAUACACAAUGAAGAAAUGAUACCUAGUAUAAAUAAAAAAAUUUCUGUUUGUUUUGGUUAGCCUAGACUCUUCAAAUACAUGUUAUUAAUAUUUCAUUUUUCUGUAAUGUAUAAGGCCUGGUGUCUAUUUUUAUAAUGUGAUUGUGUGAAGUACUUUGAUGUGCUAAUUAGCUUACUUAGCAUUAAAAGCUUUUAUGAUCUAUAACCACAAAAAAAACCAAAUGAUAAAUAGAUUAGGCUCUAAAACAAUGCUUGUACAUCUUUAUGGUAUUUAAAAGUAGAUGUGUUAUUAGGAAUGUAUAUAUAUAAUCUUAUACUGCAUUUGUGAUGGAGAUUUUAUGCCAAAAAUAACACUUAAUCUUACACAUCACUAUACCAAAACUGUUUUAGUUUUAUGAGAGAUUUAGUCCAUGUUUAUUGGUUUAGUGUUAAGGUGUCAUCAUUUGAACUGUCAAACUUGGCUUUCUAACAGCUGUACUUCAGAACAACAACACCUAUCAGAGCAGUUAUAAUUUUGAUAAUUAUCAGGUAAAUUGUUAUAGAACUUAUCUGUUACCUGUAAGGGUGAAAUGUAAGUAUGAUUUAAUCAGUAUAAUUUGAAUUAAAAUGUAGCAAAUAUUCAGGUAUUAUCAGUGAUAUUACAAACCAUGUGUGCAUAUUCCAAGAGCAGUGUUAUUUAUACAAUGAGUAUAGUGUUUAACAUUAUGAUUUAGAUACCCAAAUACAGAACUGUUCCUUAAUAAGUCUUUGGAGAAAGGAAAAAAUAAAUUGAUAUAUGUUAAAAUAUA